AAAAAUAAACAAUACAACUUAAAAAUUAUAAUUAAUGUCUUUUAAAUUAAAUAAUAGAAGAAAUAAACCAAAUGUCUUCGUUUUUGUGUUUUAUUUGCCACAGUACAGUCAAUAAAGAAGUUAGUGAAGACACACGAGAGAAAUAUAGAGAUGUUGUCGGGAUACCUUUAUGUCCCGACACGCAACUAUGUUUCAUCUGUUGUCACGUCUUAAACAAACUGUCUAUGUUCAAGUCGAUAUGUUACAAACGGAGCUUAGAAUACCCGGUAUUAUUCAGCGAAAAGGGCACAUUAAAUUUACAAAGAAGCAAUCUAGAAAUCCAUGUUUUAUGUCCCGAUGAUUGCAUUGAAUAUCAAAUGCAUAAAACAUACGAUUUUACAUACAAUAAUGAUUUCAUUGACGGUACAAAUUAUAACAAUGACAAUGAAUAUGUGAAACUUCACAAUGAAAAUGAUCAUUUUAUUCAAUACGAAACAGUUGAUAGGAAAAAUAAUGAUUACAAUUUAAUUGAACCAAACGUUAUAGAAGAUAAUGAUAAUGUUAAACAAAAUGAAAAUGAACAAGAUGUUAGUAUUAACGCAAUGGAUGCUGUAAAUGAAUGUAAUGAAGGCGAUGAUGUAUUUAAUGAAGUUUGUGAUGAUAUUAAUGAUUUAGAUAAUGAUGAUGAUAAUUUAAAUAUUGUUGCAACGAAUAAUGAAGUGAAUAUAGAUAAUAAUGAAGGGAAUCAAGAAUUCGUUGAAACGAUCAAUAUAGCUAAUGAAAAUCAACCUAAUGAUGAUUUAAAUAAAAUUAAACUUAAGAAAUCAAAGAGCACAAAGAAGAAAUGUUUUAGAAAAAUAGUUUUAAGUCUAGAAGAUCAGAAAGCAGCCCUAGAAGCGAAUAGAAGAGAGAAGAAGUAUAUAGAAGCUGAAUUUAAGUGUUAUAAUUGUGCAAUGGGGUUCCUUUUCAAAGACACAUAUCAAACGCAUAUGAUGAGGCAUGAGGAAUCCAAUGGUGAAUAUCAAUGUAGAACGUGCACUCUUCGUUUCGCAACGGUAACAGUGCUCCGUCACCACACAGCGGGUCACGCGGAGCGUUACGAGUGCACCAAGUGUGGCGUGAGUCUAAAGCCACGUGCGAAGAGGCUUCACGUGUGCGUGAAGAGAAAUGUUCAAAGCGUAGCCUGUCAAUUCUGCGGGAAUUUGUUUAAGGAUGCGAACGGCUUACAGCAGCACUUGAAGAGAGUUCACACGAGCAAAGCUGGGGGUCGUUUGUUGUCAUGUGUGGUAUGCGGUGAGAGUUACAGCAACCAAGCUGUUCUACGCACACACAUGAUAAAGCACAUAAAACGAAAAUUCCACUGCGAGCAAUGUCCAGCGAGCUACAGCAGUCCGUACACGCUGACCCAGCACAAGCGGACGCACGAGGGGGCGGGGCAGCUGCACCAUUGCGGCACCUGCGGGGUGGGCUACGCCACCAAGAAGAGUCUGCUGGCCCACAAGCGGAACACUAUGAAUCACCAGCAGACUUUAUUCGAAUGCCCAAUAUGUAACAGAGUGUGCCCGAAUCAAAGAUUACUAGCGUCCCACAUCCAAACAGUCCACUCGUCCACCAAGGACUACACCUGUACGCUAUGUCCAGCUCGUUACAGCAGUCGGAAGUCCCUCGUGAGGCACAUUGGCACACAUAACAAGAAGCCCGAAAUCAAAAUGGCGAUCUGUCACUUGUGUGGUAGCACAUUUAAGGGUACCAAUAAACUGAACAGGCAUUUAAAACAAGUUUGUGAGAAGACAAAGUUGGAAGAAGAGAUUUCAGCUUUGUAUUAUUGAUGAUUUAAAAAAAAAAUAUAUAAUCUGUG